GGAGAGGGAGAUCACCAGAUAAAAACCCUAACUAAAAAAACCCUCUUCCCCUCUCUCCUCGUCUCUCGCUCUCUUUCCCCGGCUGCCGAGCCGUCGAAGGUCUUCCUCCGCCGAAUCCCGGAGCAGGCUAUUGCGGCCUUCUGCCGAUUUCUGGCUAGUUCGUGUUGAAGCUUCUCUGAAGGUUAUCAGGUCUGCAUGGCGGAAGAGGAGUCACAGCCGCUUGCUUAUGUCCAUGAGACGGUGCUAAAGAAGAGGAAAAACAAUGAAGAGUGGGCUAUCAAGAGAAGGGACCAAUUGGACGCACGAAAGAAAAGAAAGAAAGAGGACUUGAAACUUGCCAUCAGAAGGCCCGAGGAGUUUGUCAAGGAAUACCGUGAUAAAGAAUUGGACCUCAUUCGGAUGAAACAAAGACUGAAGCGGAGGAAAUUGUUUUCUGACAAUAUUAAAUCUGAUUUACUUUUUGUUAUUCGUAUUCGUGGCUCAAAGGAUAUGCAUCCUAGGACCCGAAAAAUCCUGAACUUGUUGAGGUUGAGACAUAUUUUAAGUGGUGUAUUUGUGAAGACCAAUGAAGCAACUCUGAAAAUGUUACUGAGUGUAGAGCCAUUUAUCACCUAUGGCUAUCCUAGCUUGAAGAAUGUGAGGGAGUUGAUCUACAAGAAGGGCUGUGGAAUGAUAGAUAAGCAGAGUGCUCCUCUCACAAAUAACAAUGUUAUUGAGCAGGCACUUGGAAAGUAUGGCAUCAUCUGUAUUGAAGAUAUCGUGCAUGAGAUUGCUACGGUAGGAUCACAUUUUAAAGAGGUGACCAAGUUCCUAUGGCCAUUCAGGCUUAAAGCCCCUGAGAGACGUCUGCUGUUGAAGAAAAAACCCUACAAGGAUGGUGGUGAUUCAGGCAAUCGUGAAGAGCACAUCAAUGAACUCAUAGAUAAGUUGAAUUAAGAGGUCAUUCCAGAGAAGUGGGUGCGAGAAGGAACAAUGAACGAGUUCUGGAUAUCAAACAAAACAGGAGUGGAUACUAAAAUGUUUCAAGGAGACAAAUCUGAGUCUGAAACAGAUGUUAUAUAGAACUUAUAAAAGAAGGCACAACUGGUGAAUGAAGUGAGUUAACUGGGUGGGCAUGACCGGGUGAGUCCGGCCCGAGUGCGAGUGACACACGGCGAGUCCUAGAUGGAGGUCAUCUCCACGGUCCGCGCCGCAGAUAAAUCCGUGUUUAAGCCCUUGCCACUGGUCUGUAAUUUUUUUUAGGACCGACAACUGAUUCUCUACUUAGAAUGAUAGAAGACAAGUAUCAACAUUUUGUUCAAAAAACUUAAGCAUCUAUAUUAUUCCUAAUC